AUGAUGCUCGCCAGAUCCGGGCACGUCGAUUCGCACUCCGUCGCACUCCCGACGCUGUCAGAUUUGAGUGAGUGGGUUCCGGAGGGCAAGGGUUCCGUCGCCGCCGCGCACCGGACUGCUGCCGAGCCGUGCCGCCGUAGCCCCGACGCCGUCCCCAAAGAAACCAGCCGUGACCCUUUGCGGUCCGGGUUGCUACCAUUCCGGAGAUCGGUGGAGCAAGGGCACGGCGCGGCGUCUGGCGGGGCUGGCGGGGAUCACAGUGGCACGGGGGCCGACAGUGUUCGAGUGUUCGCGUUGGGCGCGCAAGCAGAGGCUGGCGGGCGCGACGGGGCCGAGCAGGAUGCUAAGGCGGUGGCGAGCAACGGGCCGGACUCAGCGACGGGUGGGUCGCAGGUUGCAGAGGCGCGGCGGCGUCGGACUCCGAGCGGUGAUGCGGCUGCAGGCGAAGCAGAGGGGGUCGGUGCAGGUUGCUGCAGCGGGCGGUCAAGGCGGAGCGGCGAAGGCGUCGAGUGGGCUGGCGGAGGUGUCGGGUCGCCGCAGCUGUAG